AUGGCUCAACUACAACACACGCAAAGGCACCGCCGCAGGGCCCCGUCAUUCUCCUCGACCCUCCUCGACGCCAUCUACCGCUCGAUCGACGGGCCCGAAGAAUCCUUCUCCGGGCCCCACGCCCGGCCCGCACGAGUCGAGCACGAGAUCGAAAGCCUCAGACGUGCCAUCAAGAUCGAGAAAAGCCACACCACCACGUCAUCCCACUCGGGCUCGUCCACCGAUUCAAGCAUAUUCUCCUCCUCGUCCGAGACGGAGCCCUCCUCGGCCAGAAACCCGAAACUCGGGCCCGCGAACGCUAUUCGGGCCGAGCCCGCCACGCCCAAGCGCGAGAGCCGGUUCACGAGGACCGUGUCCAGGGCCCUCAAGAUCUACGGGGACCUGAAGAGUAACAAGAAUCCGGGCUCGCCAGGCGGCAGGAUCGCGGGCUUCUUGAACUCCAUAUUCAGCCCGAGGAGGAGCAGUCGGGCCCCUUUGAGGAAGUCGAGGUCGGUGAAGGACCAGAUUGACGUCGAUAAACGGACGAGGGCCGUCAGGUUCUGCCACGUCAGCGCGGUUCUCGAUGAGGAUAGCCGGGCUGGUGGGCCCGGCCGGUUUAUUGUGAAGGACGCGGACGGUCGGAGAAGGUCACGUGGGUGUGGUGAGGAUGAAGGGAGUGACGAUGAUGGGAGCUGUGCCAGCUCGGAUCUGUUUGAGCUGGAGAAUAUCGGUCGGGCCGGGAUCUAUGAGGAGGAGUUGCCUGUGUACGGGACCACGAGUGUUACGAUGAACCGGGCCAUUGCUACAACCGCCGCCACCAACCACCGUUGCCAUCGUAUUGGCAUGGACACUCUCGGUAUAGUCUGGGCCAUGCGGGUGGAAAAACCUUUCACAAACUCAAGAUUCUGGAAUAGGGCAACAAAUUCUGGCAUUGCCGACAUCCCGUUGGUUUUACCGGCAGAAGAGGCUGCCCCACGAUUGUUGCCGGCCCUUGACGUCUGA